ACUCUGCCUGCCCUUCGGACCGGUCACGGCGAGGUCAUCUCGGUGCCACACAAGAUCAUCACCCAUCUUCGAAAAGAGGAUCAGGCUCCAGAGGUCAUGUGGGGACAAACCUCACUCAGGAUGUGCAGAGAGGGUUGCUGAGGUGUGGCAGGCUGAGACAUGGGGCGCGGGUACAACGUGUGGUGGUGGCACCCGGGCCAUGGAAUGAAAUGGAACAAAUAGCCAAGACCUGGGCAUUGAGAGAACCAGCCAGGGGGCCCUGGUUCCUGAGGCCUGGGCUGAGGCCCACACUGCAUCUGAGCUCCACUGCGCCAGCCCUGCGGUGCCCGGACUGGGAAGUUCCUGUUAGAAAGUUGCCGUCAGCGGGAGUGCUUCCAGCUUUCCGUGGAGACUCCAGGAGCCGCUCCUGGUUUGCGGCUGGGGCCUUCCUCUCCCCCCAGCGGGCGCCCGACCUUGAUGGCCAGCAGGCUCCAAGGCCCAGGCUCUCCGCCAACAGCAACAGGCUACUGGGCGGGCCCAGGCGAGGGGGCCUCGGCGGGAAAAGCUGCCUGGCGUCCCUCUGCUACACGCAGGGGCCGAAGUACAACGCCGAUUACGAUCUGUCGGCCCGACAAGGGGCAGACACCUUGGCCUUCGUGUCUCUGCUGGAGGAGAAGCUUCUCCCGGUGCUGAUCCAUACUUUUUGGGUGGACACCAAGAACUAUGUGGAGGUGACCCGGAAGUGGUAUGCUGAGGCCAUGCCCUUUCCCCUGAACUUCUUCCUUCCUGGCCGCAUGCAGCGGCAGUUCAUGGAGCGGCUGCAGCUGCUGUGCGGGGAGCACAGGCCCGAGAAUGAGGAAGAGCUGGAGAAGGAGCUGUACCAGGAGGCUCGGGAAUGCCUGACCCUGCUCUCCCAGCGCCUGGGCUCUCAGAAAUUCUUCUUCGGGGACGCCCCCGCCUCGCUGGACGCCUUUGUCUUCGGCUACUUGGCGCCGCUGCUGCAGGCCAGGCUGCCCAGCGGGAGGCUGCAGGCCCACCUGCGGGGGCUGCACAACCUCUGCGCCUACUGCGCGCACAUCCUCAGCCUCUACUUCCCCUGGGAUGGAGCGGAGGUGCCGCCUCCACGCCAGACGCCAGCGGGCCCCGAGGCCGAGGAGGAGCCGUACCGGCGCCGGAACCAGGUGCUGUCCGUGCUGGCGGGGCUGGCGGCCAUGGCGGGCUACGCCUUGCUCAGCGGCAUCGUCUCUAUCCAGCGGGCGGCACCCGCCCGGGCCCCCGGCACGCGGUCCCUGAGCAUGGCCGACGAGGAGGAAGACGAGUGACCCCGCCUCGCGCUCCCGGAACGGACUUUUCUACUCUCACACAUUCCAGAGGCUCCUCUGCUUCUCCGUUGUUGGUGCGGCUGGAAAACGGGCGCCACUCCCAUAAUAAAGCUGUCCACGCGGGC